GCAAAGGGGGUGCCUUGGCUGCUGAUAUUGACAUCGACACCGUUGGCACCGAAGGCUGGGGAGAAGAUGCAGAGUUGCAACUGGAUGAAGAUGGCUUUGUGGAUGCUGGAGAGGGCUUUGGAGAGGAAGGUCUAGGCAAAGGACAGGAAGAAGGAGGUGGAUGGGAAGUUGAAGAAGAUUUGGAUCUUCCCCCUGAGCUGGAUGUUCCUGCUGGUCCAGCAGGAGCGACAGAGGAUGGAUUCUUCGUACCACCCACCAAGGGCACCAGCCCGGCGCAGGUCUGGUGUAACAAUUCUCAGCUUCCUGUUGACCACAUCCUGGCAGGCUCCUUUGAGACAGCAAUGAGACUCCUCCAUGACCAGGUAGGAGUAACAAACUUUGGACCUUACAAGCAGUUGUUCCUGCAGACCUAUGCCCGUGGUCGUACGACCUACCAAGCGCUGCCGUGUCUCCCUACCAUGUAUGGAUACCCACAUCGUAACUGGAAAGAAGCUGGCUUGAAGAACGCCCUCCCUGCUGUUGGACUGAAACUCAACGACCUGAUCCAACGUUUGCAGCUGUGCUACCAGCUCACUACGGCUGGUAAAUUUGAGGAGGCCGUGGAGAAAUUCCGCUCCAUCUUGCUCAGUGUGCCCUUGCUGGUGGUGGACAACAAGCAGGAGAUUGCUGAGGCCCAGCAGCUGAUAGCUAUUUGCCGGGAGUAUAUUGUAGGACUCUCGAUGGAGAUCGAGCGGAAGAAGCUUCCCAAAGAGACCUUGGAGCAGCAGAAACGAAUCUGUGAGAUGGCUGCCUAUUUCACCCACUCCAACCUGCAGCCUGUCCACAUGAUCUUAGUUCUCCGUACUGCUCUCAACCUCUUUUUCAAACUCAAAAACUUCAAGACAGCUGCUACUUUUGCUCGUCGGCUGCUGGAAUUGGGUCCAAAGCCUGAGGUGGCCCAGCAGACUCGCAAGAUCUUGUCAGCUUGUGAGAAGAAUCCUACUGACACCUACCAGCUCAACUAUGACAUGCACAACCCCUUUGAUAUCUGUGCUGCUUCUUACCGACCCAUCUAUCGUGGCAAACCCGUGGAGAAGUGUCCUCUCAGUGGAGCUUGCUACUGCCCUGAGUUCCACGGGCAGAUCUGUCGUGUCACUACAGUGACAGAGAUCGGCAAAGAUGUCAUCGGGCUGAGGAUCAGCCCACUCCAGUUCCGCUAGGACAUGGCCUGUCCUGGGGAGGUGUGAAAUGGGAAGGAAAUGAUCUCCUUUUCAGCACAGUGUGGAAACUUUCACCUCCCCACCAUUGCAGCUUUUAGUGUAGUCUCUUCACCGUAGCUGUGCCCUUUGCUGUGUCUCACCUGCUCUUCCCCACCCAGAAAU